AUGACUUUCCGAACUCUCACAGACGAAGAUAUUUCAAUUCAAGAUAAUGCUAUUCGCGGAACUAAUGAGGAUGCAGCUAUGAGUAAAUUGUCCUCUGUAAAUACAGGAUAUAUUCAAGAUGAGUAUAUAAAGUAUUUUCUCAAAAGACCUACCAAGAGAUCGCCUAUUAUUAAUAUAGGAUCAUAUGUACGUAAUAAAGGACUAGAUACUCUGAUAAUAAAAUUUUUGGAAAUUGAAGAUGGAAAGAAACAAAUAGUAUCACUUGGUGCUGGAUCUGAUACGCGAUAUUUUAAUUUAAAGUCAUCAUCGCGAAAAUUUCAUAAAUAUUUUGAAAUUGAUUUUCCCGAAAAUACUGCAAAAAAAGUUGCAAUUAUUCAAACAAAUAAAGAAUUAUCAGAAAUUAUUGGUGAUGAUGCUCGAAUAGGCUCUGAGAUUUAUGCAUCGGAUUAUUGUUUGUUAUCAGGAGAUCUUCGUGAAUUUAUCGAAGAUUUAGUGCCAAGGUUAGAGUCCAACGGAUUUGAUCGAAGUCUUUCAACAUUAUUCUUAUCUGAAUGCGUGAUGAUAUAUAUGGACCCAAUGGAUUCUAAUAAAAUUGUGGAAUGGAUUGGUACCAAUCUAAAUACAACAAUGUUUAUAGUUUAUGAACAAAUUUUGCCAAAUGAUGCUUUUGGAUCUAUAAUGUUACAAAAUAUAAAACUUCGAAAUAUAGAACUUCGCGGAAUACAUGCUUAUCCUAAUCUAGAAAGUCAAAAAGAUAGAUAUUUAUCACGCGGAUGGAUACAUGCUGAAGCUGUCGAUAUGAAUGAAGUUUAUGAUCUUUAUAUAGAUCCAAAGGAACAUAUUAGGAUCUCAAAAUUGGAAAUGUUAGACGAACUCGAAGAAUGGCAUCUUCUUGCAUCUCAUUAUUGCAUUGCUUGGGCUUAUAAAGUCACGACUGAAUCACAAAAAGUGUUGUAUGAUUCCGUAAAAUUCGAAAAUUAUAAAAAUAAGAGACCAUAUUAA